AUGUCGCAGGAAAUCAUCCUAGAAGAUGCAGGUUACCUGGCAGCACUACCAGGUCAGAAGACAUUAAUAUUGUCAGAUGAGAAAAAACAAAACACUUUUGAACUCGGAGUAUCAAUGAUUAUCUAUAAAUGGGACACUCUUAAUAUUGCAGUGGAUAGUAAAUGGGGAGGGCCUGAAUCUGAAGGAAAACGUGAUUGGCUGACGGCUAUUAUAAUAGAUGCUUUUAAGGAGAAUAAUGAGAUAGAUAUCAUUUAUAUACACGAAAUGCUCUUUAAUGCUAUGGAGGAUGAGUUUGGAGUAAUUGUGGAAGAUGAAUCCACUGUUGUGAUUGGCCAGAAAGUGGUAGAGAUCUACAAGGAGUGUUUGGAAGGAAAUUUUGAUCACGUGCAUCGAAUGUAUGAAGACUGGAGGUCAAAACAGGAAAGAAGACACAAGACGGAGGUGGUGAUCAAGGAAGAUGAGCUGAAUCCGGAUGUGAGUGAUGUGGAGGAAGUAGUACCAGAUUUGGUUGAUGAAAUGGAUGUGGAUGAUGAUCGAGACGAUAGACGCGAUCAGCGACCAGUCGACGACGAUGGAUUCACCCUCGUUAUCAGGAAGAAAAAACACUAA